UAAACGUGAGAGAGAGAGUCUUUGCUUAAAGAAAGAAAGAAAGAAAGAAAGAAUUGAAGCUGAAACAUGGAGCAGCUGUUGUUGUCUUUGCUGAAGCUUGUUUUCAUAUCUUUGGUAAUCCUAGUGUUUGUGUUAAAGGUGGUAGUGGUUCUUUGGUGGAGACCCAGAAAGAUUGAAAACCAUUUCUCAAAGCAAGGGAUCAGAGGACCCCCUUACCGUUUCUUCAUUGGAAAUGUCAAAGAACUUGUGUCCAUGAUGUUAAAGGCCUCCUCUCAACCCAUGCCUUUCUCUCACAACAUACUCCCUAGAGUCCUCUCCUUCUACCAUCACUGGAAAAAAAUCUAUGGUGCAACAUUUCUUGUGUGGUUUGGACCCACAGUUCGUCUCACCAUAGCUGAUCCAGAACUCAUAAGGGAAAUCUUCACCUCCAAGUCAGAAUUUUAUGAGAAGGUAGAGGCUCAUCCACUUGUUAAACAGCUUGAAGGUGAUGGCCUCCUAAGCCUCAAAGGAGAAAAAUGGGCUCACCAUAGGAAAAUCAUCACCCCCACUUUCCACAUGGAAAAUCUCAAAUUGUUGAUACCUGUGGUGGCCAAGAGUGUGGUGGACAUGUUGGACAAAUGGUCAGCAAUGUCAGUUUCUGGUGAGGUUGAAAUUGAAGUUUCCGAAUGGUUCCAAAACUUAACAGAAGAUGUCAUUACUCGAACAGCAUUUGGUUGUAGCUAUGAGGAUGGGAAAGCCGUUUUCCGACUACAAGCUCAACAAAUGAUGCUUGCUGCUGAUGUUUUUCAAAAAGUUUUUAUCCCUGGUUACAGAUUCCUACCCACAAAGAGAAACAUGAAUUCUUGGAAAUUGGAUAAGGAAAUCAAGAAAUCAGUAACAAAGCUUAUCGAACGCCGAAAAGAAAAUUGUUGUGGACAUGUAUCAGUGGAGAAAAGUCCCAAAGAUUUGCUGGGUCUAAUGAUUCAAGCAUCAAAUACAUCCCCAUCAUCAUCAUCAUCAUCAUCUUCAAAUUUCACAAUCCAUGACAUUGUGGAAGAGUGCAAGAGCUUUUUCUUUGCUGGCAAACAGACCACCUCCAAUUUGCUUACGUGGACAACUGUUCUUCUAGCAAUGCACCCACGGUGGCAGGUACAGGCACGUGAGGAGGUCCAAAGGGUGUGUGGAUCACGUGGUAUACCCACCAAAGAUGAUGUUUUAAAGCUUAAGACACUGAGCAUGAUCUUGAAUGAGUCCUUGCGAUUGUACCCUCCAACAAUUGCGACGAUUAGACGAGCCAAAGUUGAUGUUGACCUUGGGGCCUACAAGAUCCCACGCAGGACAGAGAUUUUGAUUCCAAUCCUAGCCAUUCAUCAUGAUCAAGCAAUGUGGGGCAAUGAUGCUAAUGAGUUCAACCCUGCUCGGUUCUCCGAAGGAGUGGCACGUGCCGCCAAGCAUCCGGUGGCAUUCAUCCCCUUUGGACUUGGGGUCCGCACGUGCAUCGGACAAAAUCUAGCUCUAUUGCAAGCAAAACUUGUGCUUGCUAUCCUAUUGCAACGCUUCUCCUUUAGGUUGGCCCCAAGUUAUCAACACGCGCCAACGGUGUUGAUGUUACUUUACCCACAAUAUGGUGCACCCAUCGUUUUCCAACCAUUGUCCCCUCCAGCGGUCCCCAAAGAUCAAGGGUCCUAAAUCUCUCCCAAUAUGUUACUGUCUAUAUAGAGGCCAAACAUUUUAGUGUGUGAGCAUGCUUAUGCUACAAAAAUGUUGAGUGACGAAAAUACCCAUCAUUCCCCUUCCCCUCCCUUCCCGAGAAUUAUUAUAGCAACUAAAAAGAGAUAUCUGCAAGAAAGAAAUAUCAUAUUUUGAUAUUUUCCCUUUACCUUUCCCUACUGACCUCCAUGCCCAUGGUUUUUUUUUUUUUUACUAUUUUACCCCCUCCCAAAAAAAUGUUGCCCUGGCAUGUAAGCUUUAUUUUAGUUUUAGGAUUUUUAGUAAAUGGCUAACAACUAGGUAGCUCAUCAUAUGUAUAUGUAUGUAUUGUAUAUUUUGUUCUAUUUCCUCACAGUUUUGUGAUAUUAUUAUGCUUUCAUGAAUAUUAAUUGGUUAUUUAUUGGU